AUGGCAAGAGACGACGGCGACCUACCCGAAGCAGUACCAGUAGCGAGUACACUACCGCAAACCUACCAAGGAGACCACGAUUUACCGCAGGUGGUGGAAACCACAACACCACAGAAAUGGCGACAUCCACAGUUUGCGGAGGGUUCGUAUACGCCGUCGCCGCCGUUUAUACCGCCACUUGAAGAUAAAAGAAUAUUGGGAUUACGGCGGACGACAUUUUUUCUAUCACUCGCGUUGGCGGUUUUGAUUGUUUUCGGUAUUGCUUUAGGGGCAGGGUUGGGCGUUGGAUUAAAGAAAGGCGAUAGCAACAGUAGUAGCAAUGCGAAUAGUAGUGGAGCACAAACAUCUUCUAUAACAUCCUCACCGCCGUCAACAUCUACUACUUCGACUACCAGCUCGACUACAACCACAGCGUGCGACCCCUUACGAACAGCUGCAGUCACAAAUGGUGGAUUCGAAGCCGGUGUCGAAGCAUCCGACAUUCGUCCGUGGUAUAUUCCCGAUCUUGUCGCACCAGCAACUUACGAAAUCCUCAACGUCAACGGCAGCAAUGUCUUCCAUGCGAUCUGUAAUUCAGAUCUAGAACAUGGAGCAUACACAAAAAUAAAACUUGCGCAACAAUUGCGAACUUGCCCAGAUACGGACUACAAUUAUGAAUUCCGCUAUAAUUUUCUUCCGGGAAGAAAUCAAAACGCUUAUAUCGUGUUCUUCAUCGACGGAGAGGAGAUAGCUAAUAUCAGAGCCGGGCCGAAUGAUUGGGUUACUCGUAGAGGGAACUUUACGUCGAAGAGAGGUGGGAAUUCGACGCUUUUACAACUGGAUUUUGCACCGGUGGCUUUUGAUUCGCAGGAGUUUUUUGUAGAUGAUUUCGAGGUUACACCGGCUUAG